GAGGGAAGAAAAAAUUGAGGACGUGGGAAAGGAGGAUGGGGGGAGAUGAAUACCAAGUUCUCAGGCAAAACAGGAGACAGCAGCCCCCCCACCCCUAUGUUUAUUCCUUUCUCUACCUCCAGUAUAAGAUGUACUGUCCUUAGUCUGGGUAAUUUAUAAAAGGUGGUCUUUCCCUCCAGCUUUUCCUAUUUCUAAGUUGGGACCUGAGCGUGUGCAUGAAUGUAUGGGUAGGUAUAAGUGGUAGAGGGAGCUUACCUAGAAAAAAGGGUAGGCACCAUCUGUGGAGAUUUCUGCUGCCAGGUCUCUUCCUUGGACCUGACCACCCAGCACAGCCCUACAUGCCAGCCCUCAGAAGGGUACAAGCCGCUGCUGCCCAAGCUGUCUCACAGUUUAGAGGCAGGGUAUAUCAUGGAGAUUUCAUCAAAAGAAAAUACUCAGUAUUUCUCAAACAACUCAAUCCUGCCCAUUGACCGAUCUUCAUUCAAAUCUGAAUCUUCUGCUUCCAAGGAGAAACAAUCAUGUUGUGGAGGUAUAAAGAUAUUUCUUGGUGCAUUAUCUUUUGUUUAUUUUGCUAAAGCACUGUCAGGAAGUUAUCUAAAAAGUACUAUCACACAAAUAGAAAGAAGAUUUGAUAUCCCUUCCUCUUUGGUUGGCGUUAUUGAUGGCAGUUUUGAAAUUGGGAACCUCCUAACCAUAAUUCUUGUAAGCUACUUUGGAGCAAAGCUUCACAGGCCAAGAAUAAUUGGAGCAGGCUGCUUAAUUAUGUCAGCGGGAACAUUCCUAAUUGCAAUGCCCCAGUUCUUCAUGGGACGAUAUCAGUAUGAAAGAUUUCCUUCUACCAUGAAUUCAACUGUUAGCACCUCUCCAUGCUUGCAGGAUAAAAGCCGAACCCCUCUCUCAGCCCUGGAAAAAUCUCAAGCCAAAAUAAAUGCAGGAUGUGAAAAAGAAGCAGGCUCUUCUAUGUGGAUCUAUGUUUUACUGGGAAAUCUUCUACGUGGAAUAGGUGAAACUCCCAUCCAGCCUUUGGGAAUUACAUACAUUGAUGAUUAUGCCAUUGAAGAGGAUGCUGCCUUAUACAUUGGCUGUGUACAGACGCUUGCAAUCAUAGGUCCAAUAUUUGGCUUUCUUCUUGGAUCCCUGUGUGCCAAACUUUAUGUUGACAUUGGCUUUGUAGAUCUUGACAGUGUAACAAUAACUCACAAGGAUGUGCAGUGGGUGGGAGCCUGGUGGCUGGGUUACUUAAUAGCAGGUGCGAUCAGUGUUGUGGCUGGCAUCCCUUUCUGGUUCCUGCCCAAACACCUCCCAAAAACAGAGGGCAGAAAGGACUCCAGUACCUCUUCUGAGCAGUCAAAGUUCAUCACUGAGGAUAACAAGGAGCAACACAAAUCUUACCAGCAACAAGUGAAGAUUGGUGAGAUGGCAAAAGACUUCUUGCCAUCACUGAAGAACCUCUUUGGGAAUCCAGUUUACGUUCUGUAUUUGUGUGCAAGUAUCCUUCACUUCAAUUCUUUAAUUGGCAUGGUGACAUAUAAGCCCAAAUAUAUUGAGCAACAGUAUGGGCAAACAUCUUCAAAAACUAAUUUUGUUAUAGGUCUUAUCAACAUUCCUGCUGUGGCGUUUGGCAUAUUCUCUGGGGGACUGAUCAUGAAGAAAUUCAGAAUCAGUGUUUUAGGGGCUGCAAAACUCUCUCUGGGAUCAUCUUUCUUUGGUUACCUGCUGCUCCUCUCUUUAUUUGCGAUGGGCUGUGAGAACUCAGAUGUGGCCGGACUGACUGUGUCCUACCAUGGAACCAAGCAGACGUCUGGAUACGAGCAAGGCCUGUUCUCAAACUGCAACUCAGACUGCAUGUGCUCCCAAAAUGACUGGGAUCCCAUCUGUGGGGAAAAUGGCAUUACCUAUGUUUCUGCUUGUCUCGCUGGCUGUCAGGCAUCCAAUGGAAGUGGGAAAAACACUGUAUUUUUUAACUGCAGCUGCGUGGGAAUUUUAGAAUCUCCUUCAAGAAGCUCCUCAGCUGUGAUGGGACCAUGUCAAAAAGGAAAUGAGUGUCCAAAAAUGUUUCUGUAUUUUCUGGUAACAUCAGUUAUUACUUCAUAUACUUUGUCAGUAGGUGGCACACCCGGAUACAUACUUCUUCUAAGAUGCAUUAAACCACACUUGAAAUCAUUUGCACUUGGUAUCUAUACCCUGGCAGUAAGAGUACUUGCUGGAAUUCCAGCCCCAGUGUAUUUUGGAGUGGCAAUAGAUACCACCUGCCUGAAAUGGGGAAGCAAACAAUGUGGGGGAAGAGGAGCAUGUAGACUCUAUCACUCCAGCACGCUCAGAUACAUGUACCUGGGGCUGACUUUGGUGUUGGGCACCAUGUCCAUUUUCUUCAGCAUUGCUGUCCUUUGGGUUCUCCAGAAGAGGUCUGCUCCGCAAGAUGAAACCCUCUCAGCCAAUGGGGAGAGAGGCACCUGUGUGACAAACAGCAGGAAAGAUAAUUUCUUCAACAGUGACCAUUUAAUUCAGACAACUUACUGGCCAGAAAAGGAGACUAGGCUUUAGGAGGACUGAGAUCUCCACCAUGACUUUAUCCAGUGAGUGGUGUUCAAGGCAAAAAUUCAUCAUCAGUGAAGCAACUAGUAGUAUCCACCCUGAAAAUGUUUGCCGUCCUGUAACUUUCUUUGUAAAUACCAAAAAGCAAAGGAUACAGGCAUUUUAGCACAUGUCCAUUUAGCACAUGUCACUGCUCACCGUUUGUCUUGAGGAGUCGGUGGCACUCAAGUGAGGGGAUUUGUUAUGGCUGGGGAGGUGCAGCUUGCUGCAGAAGCAGGUUUUGUGGCUGCCCCUCAGCUCCAUCCCUCCUUGCCAAGCUGCAACAGCUCUGCUGCCCCUUGUCUGCCUUCUGUGUGUGAGGAGUAGUGGGUAGGCUGCAGUGAAAGUCUUUCAAGCAUGCUACCAAUCCGACUUGGCAGCCUGGAAGGUGCAGGGAUAUUCUGCACCGAUUCUUGUACGUAGCUCACCUUUGCAAGCAGUGCAGCGUGAGACAGGAGGAAGGUGGUUUGCUGGAAGGACAAUUCAGCUGCAGGUUCUGGGCAACAUGCAAAUUCAGCCUGUAACACUUAGGACAUCAAAUGCUGUCAUUAGGGACUUUUUUCAAGUAUAAUCUGCUGUAGUACAACAAUAACAGCAAUAAAAGUUGUCAUUACAGAAUACAGAAUAUUGUCCAAAGGAGACUGGAAGAAAAAAACAGAGCUUUUUUAGGUUUCCAGCAGUUUCUUGCUACUUUCUAGUACUUGGUGUACUGAAUAAUUCCAUGCAUUUUCUGCAAUGUAAUAACACCUUGUUAUGAGCUACAUAUGAUUUAUUUUUUAAAAAAAGUUAUGACAAGACAGCUUGGGAACAAUAAAAUGAAUUCAAAGACCAAGUGAUUUGG